GGAGUUGUGUCAGGCACUGUGCCGGGCCUCAUCUCUUCCGACCUCUUGUUGGGUGGAGGAGAAAACCAGCUGUCUCUACUCCCUAGAGAAGGAGCGUCCCAUAAUCUGACUCCAGAUAACACUCGUAGCGUCCCGAGCUUCAGUUCUGGCCCUGGCCAGGCGCUGGGCUGAGCGUUCUGCGUGCGUCGCAUCCCCACAACAGACCUAAAAGGGAUUAUGAUCGCCCCACUUUACAGUGGCCCUGAGGCGCUCAGCUGCCGGGGUCUGCAGAAGGCCGCGCCAUGAACAGCCGAAGGAGGCCAGUGAAGAAGGACAGCGAGGCCUUGGAGAUUUCCAUCCCCUUCGAUGAGACGCCCCACCUGGACCCGCAAAUCUUUUACAGCCUGAGCCCCUCUCGGGGGAACUUCGAGGAGCCGGCGGAGGCUGCUUCCCCGACAGCGGCCCUGAUGAACGGCGUCCGGGCCCAGCUGCACCUGGCCCUGGAGAGGAACUCCUGGCUGCAGAAGCGCAUUGAGGACCUGGAGGAGGAGCGGGACUUCCUGCGGUGCCAGCUCGACAAGUUCAUUUCCUCUGCCCGCCUGGACGCAGACGACCACUGCCGGGGGAAGCCCGGGCCUCGGCGGGCCGAGGGGGACGGCCGAGGGGGGACAGGGGGUGAGGCCUCAGACCCCGAGUCAGCUGCCUCCUCGGUCAGCGGAGCAUCUGAAGAAGGCAGCACCAUGGAGAGGAAGAGGCAGAAGCAGAAAGGAGGCCCAGGCCGGCGGCGCUUCGGGAAGCCCAAGGCCCGGGAGAGGCAGCGGGUGAAGGACGCGGACGGGGUGCUCUGCCGCUACAAGAAGAUCCUGGGCACCUUCCAGAAGCUGAAGAGCAUGUCUCGGGCCUUCGAGCACCACCGAGUGGACCGCAACACGGUGGCACUGACCACGCCCAUCGCGGAGCUGCUCAUCGUAGCCCCGGAGAAGCUGGCCGAGGUGGGCGAGUUCGACCCCUCCAAGGAGCGCCUGCUCGAGUACUCGCGCCGCUGCUUCCUGGCCCUGGACGAGGAGACCCUCAAGAAGGUGCAGGCCCUCAAGAAGAGCAAGCUGCUGCUUCCCAUCACGUACCGCUUCAAGCGGUGAUCCCACCCCACCCGGCCCGGCGCCCGCCCUCCGGCCCCUGCUUCCUCGCCCGGCGGGCCCCCACGAGGGCGGCUCAUUUCCGCUCGGACCGCCACCCCCUCCCCAGGCCCCCUGUAUAUAGUUCUGUCCCCUGGGCCUCUCACAGCCCUAGCGUCCACCCUGCCCUCCGCCUUCCCUGGGUUGGGGGCUGUUCUCCCUUAGUCCUGCUUCCAAGAGGACCACCAUCCAGGGCCCGGUUCUGUCUUCCCUGACCACUGGCACCCCCGCAUCUGAGCGGCACCGUCCUGCCCUCGCUGGGCCCUCCCUCCUGGGGAAGACUGCGGGACCCUGCGGGGCGAGGCCACUGUACAUAUCCCGUCCGCACCCCAGCCCCGCAGCGAGCUUCCCACCCGCCUUCCGAGACCGCCCGAGUCCACACGAGA